AUGACUUUGAAAACACCUGUAGGAACCACUUCGACUCAGACGCUGGUAGUAUUAUGCUUACACUCGACUCUAGACUCGUGGACAUCCACCGCAUGGCUUGGGCCCGCUUGCGUAUUUGCCUCGUCCUCUGCGGAAGACGUCUCGAUUGCGGUAAAGCUGUUCACCCAAGCAAACGUACCGUUUGCAGUCAGAGCCGGUGGCGGCAUGACUGUCGAUAAUGCGGCAAACAUUGGUCCAGAAGGCAUCCUGAUAUCCAGCACGAACAUGACUGUAAUAGAUAUCAAUGAUGACCAUAGCCUAGUGUCGGUGGGACCUGGUAUCCGCUGGCCACAGUUCUAUGCUUACCUCGACAACUUCAAUCGGACCGUCGACGGAAUUCGUCUUGGGAAUGUUGGUGUUGUUGGCCUGCUACUCGGUGGCGGAAUCGGAUUCUUCUCUUACGAGCAUGGCUCUGUGUCUACCGAGGUUCAGGCUUUCCAGUGUGUACUUGCAAAUGGAAAUAUUGUCGAGGCCAGCCUCACGGAGAACUCGGAUCUCUUCUGGGCGCUGCGCGGUGGUGGAAAUAACUUCUGCAUCGCGACAAGGGCCGACCUCCGUACCCUCAAUGUUUCUGCUGUUGACAUCGGCUCCGUUUCCUAUGGAACAGAAAGUCAGACAGAGUACUUGAAAAGUAUGGUGGACUUUGCGCAUUACGCAGACUUUGACCCCAAGACUGCCGUGGAGGGCCAGAUUCGCUGGAGCCCUUCGACCAAUCCGCAGAAGACUUUUGACGCCUUCAUCUUCCACAGUGGAGAAGACCUUCAAGUCGGCCCUCAGAACUUCACUGCUCCCGGCCUGAUGAAUUUGACGGCACCAGUUCUCCCGGUCACUGGAGGAGAAGUAGUCCGCCAGACAAUGGGAACAUGGUCCAACGCCGUCGAUUAUGCCUCUGAUGCCGGCAGGAGGCAGCUGUGGCACUCAGUCUCUAUACCCGCAGAUGCUGAUCUCUUUUAUAUUUUCGUCGACUCGUACUUCAACGGUAUCGCCGAGCUUGACAACAUUCCGGGCUUUUUCACAGCCCUGGCCAUCAUGCCCAUCACCAAGAGUCUUCUAGAGAAGAGUGAGGACAACGGCGGGAACCCUCUCGUGACUCCAGGCCAGGAAUACCAGCCUCAGAUGUGGUUGGUCGAGAGCGCUUCAUGGCCCGACGCCGAGGACGAUAAGACGGUCUUCGAUGCUCACCAGAAAGCGAACGAGGACAUCAAAAAGAAUAUUCGCGCUGCAGGUUCCGAUCUUCUUCCUUUUGUUUUCCUCAGCGCCGCGCAGAAGACCCAGAGCAAUGAUGUCUUUCCUGGCUAUGGUGAGGGAAACUGGCAGAAGAUGAAGGAAAUCAUGGCGAAGUAUGACCCGAACCUUGUCUUCACAAAACUGGUGCCUGGAGGUGCCAAGGUUGAGUCUUAG